AUGCUGCUAGUGGCCACUGAAGGACUUAGCCAAUUGAAAUGGCGAUGGUUUGACCAAAAUCGUCCUCUUAAAGACCUUCUGAGGUACGAUGAUGCAAGUCGCGGUCCAUGGGGAGCUCUUAUGUUGUUAGGUUGGCUCCGUGGACGUCAGUGGACCUCAUCAUGUGGAGCACUCAUCACGGUAGCGGCACUUAUCGUGGAUCCAUUUGCACAACAGGUUCUGUCGACAUACGAUUGCAGAGUACCAGCCGAGGCUUUCGUAGCAACAAUUCCCCGGACGAGCUUCUACAUUGAAAAUAUUCCUAUCUUCGGAAUGGAUAGAGGUCCUAUCACACUCGAACUACAGAAUAGCAUUAACGGAGGCAUCUUCAAUCCGGGAAGAAAUGUUGCCUUUGACUGUCCGACCGGCAAUUGUACAUUUCCGAAUAACUAUCAGACUGUUGGCUUCUGCGGUAGCUGCAUCGAUAUCACGAAUCAGCUCUAUGUCAAGCCGAAACUCAAUGAGCCGAAUAAAUCAGCUUGGACCAUCAAUAUUCUUACAGCUUCCAACCUAUCCGCGGUAAUCAACAAGCCUCCUGGUGCUGGAGAAGGCUCAGAUUAUCUGCUCAUGAAGUCGGGUGGUGGGAAGACGGAUAUCAUCGUUGGUCUUGUUUGCCAUCUUCUAUUUUAUCUGCAUGAUCUUCGAGACACGUCGUAUAGACACGAGCAGGCGCGAUUGGAAAUCGUCGCCAUUGCCAUUGCUAUUUCAUGGGCUUGA